AUGCCGAUUGUAUUAGGCGAGAAAGAUUGGGCGCGAAUCAAGAAAUGGACAAAUCCAGAUAAAGAAGACCCAGAUGUGGUGCGAAGACGAGAAUACGUCAAUUUUCUGACGACUGCGAGCCAAGAAAUGACCAAGUAUUGGCCUAAUUCCGUAGAGAACGUGAACAAACGCAACGAAGAAAUACGAUUAGCUCGAAUCCAAGCGGCAGAGCAGGCUAAUACUAUAUUCUACAAGCGUUAUCUGAAAAAUAAAAAGGAAGAACAGGAGCAACUCAUGUAUUCGGCCAGAGACGCAAUGUUCAAGAGUAAGGAUGCUCCCAAAUUGUUACUAAGUGCUGUAAUAGAAACAGCGAUUCAAAAAGAACGCAUUGAACAAAUCAAUUUCAUGAAAGAGCGUCGACGCGAAGAAGCCGAGAAUAAGCGGAAAAAUGAUGAUCACAUUAUCCAACAGGCUAAGGAUUGGCACGACCUAAUGGCACUGAGGAAGAAGAGACGGUUUGAAGCCAAUAAGGUACAUCAAAAGGAAAUUCUUGAUCAAGCACACGAAGUGGCAGAACGUAGUCGCAAAGAAUACGAGACGGAGCUCAAUUCGCAGAAGAUUGACAACAUCAACGCGCGUGCAGAAAUGGACGCCAUUGAAGAGUUUGACAAACAAUUUGCUGAACGUGAGCGGCUUCGCAUCUUUAAUGACAUGAAACAAGCUAGAGAAGAGAAUAUUACGCGGAAGAAAGAGAUAGCGGCGCUUGACAAAAUGGAUGAUAGGCUGAUUGAAGUACUUAAUAAAUCCCGAGCCAGGAUCGAACGCAAGAGAAAGCAGACUGAAUUAGAAGUGCAGAGAGAAAAGUUAAGAGUUCUUGAAGCUAUUAGCGCCAAGUUAGAAUCGGGCGACGCUGAACGUGAGGCCAAAGAACAGGCUAUACUUCAGAAAGCUAUUAAGCAGAAGAAUGACUUAGACGACGCUCGCAUUGCAGCUGAUUGGCGGAAAAACCAACAAAAUAGACAGGAGCGUUUAGAUCUUCGACAGAAGUUCCUGCGCGACGAGGAGCAGCGUAUUCAUGAAUUCAACACAAGACGACAAUUUGAAAUCAUGAACAGGUUUAAGAAUGCUGAACUGUAUGACGAGUUCCAAGAGAACCUGCGUCGGGAGAAAGAACGCAAAACCAAAGAGUACAGGGCUGAUAUUCUUCGACUCUGGAAAGAGAGAAAGGACCGCGAGGCCCGCGAACGCGCUGAGACACGCUAUUACUAUGGAGAAUUAGCGGAGAAGAAACUGCGUGAGGCCGACAACAAGCUUCUAACUCAUGCGACGCACCUUAUAGCUGAAGCCAAGCAACAUGGAAGACCCGAUUUUGCUCUUCAUAGAACUAUCGAUAAAUACUGCAAGAUGUACCGCCUGUAUCCGAUGCCCCCGCUGUACGAGCCAAUAGCGGAGCACAUGCGCCACUACGAGCCCAGGGACUACUCUCGCCCCGACGCCAAAUACGUGUACCCCCCACGGCCACAACGUACGGUAGACGACGAAGACGAGGUCAAACACGACGGCGUGGAACAGAACCAAAAGGAAUCUGUGGAAUCCAAAACAUCAACCCAGAAGAAACUGGAGAAGGAUUAUAAAAGAGCUGGCCCAGCGAAUGGACUGCAGAGACGUAAAUCAGAGACUGCUUUAUCACUGCCCCCAAUCACGGUGGUUCCGUGCAAGAAUCUAACCUGCCACUGCGAAUUAAAGCCUUAA